CCCAUCUUCAAUCACAAGUCCAUAGAAUGGUGACAGACAGCCCCGAAAUUCGGGACAUGGCCUCCCCGAUGCCUCCGCAAGCCCCGCCUACGCCGCCCCUGUCGUCGCUCUCGCCAAUCUCAACCUACGUGAAGCCGCAACCCCGGCCGCCUAAAUCGCCCGCGCAUUCCGCCCAGAUCCGUGUUCAGAACCGCCGUCGCGAGUAUCUGGAGCGCAAUCUGAAGUACUUUGAUUCGCUGGACCAUGAACACCCAGACCCCCUCCUCUACGACGCCCUAAUCCGGCGCUUCCAAUCGCCCGCCGAGCGGGAAGCGGAAGGGCGCACGAAGGGGUACUCGCGGGUCCUCGAAGUCGAUCUGAUCCGCGGCGAAGCCAAGAUCGCACAGCUUACUUCCGCGACCUUCGCCGCGAACAUCACCACCGCGCCCCUAGAUCCCGCACCGCGUCCGUCGGACGCGGCGGAGACGUGGAUCCCGAAGCCGGCGUCUGAGGAUGCCGACGCGUUUAUCCGGGAGUACGCGAGUGGGAGUGAUGGUUUCGGCGACGACGGGGGCGGGAAUGUGGGUGCGGAGACAGAGGUGGGGAUUAAGGGCUUGUUGAGACGGCCUGAGACUAGGGAGGAGGGACGGGAGCGGUGGAAUGAUUUUUUAAGACGAAGGUUUGUGUUAGGGCGUGACGAUGACUUUGAUUAUCAGGUCGUGGAUGAGAAUGAUGAUCUGGAUGUUAUAGAACGCCGCGAGCAGGAGGAUGCGUGGUUUGAUGACGAGGAUCCGGAUUGGGCUACUGAUCCGGUUGGGGAUCAGGGUGGGAGGAUGAUGCUUGAGGGGGAGACGGGGAUUCAGGACUUUUGAUGUUUAUUAAUAAGUCUUGUAGCAUAUAAUUAUUAGGGGUUGGUUUUUUUUAACAGCGUGUUCUGUUAGACUAACGGUAAUAGCCCCCGUACGGAAUUACGGGAAAGGGCGAAAAGGGGUACUUUCGACUAACCUAUUUAAUAAUCCAGCUUGAGAAAAUGUCCGUUCGAUACCUGUCUUAAUCACUUUUACUUGUUAUACCAGAGUGAUUUUUUCCGCACACUCUUUAAACCCCCUUUUCAUAGGUCCGUAAACGUAUGCAGGCCCGAUGAUACGGUAAGCGGGAUUGCUGUUCGUCCCGCUACCGUCAUCGGCCACACGACGUAAAAUCAUCGGUACGUGAAUUCCUGCGAUAAGCAUGACGAUGUCUCCAGGGUUCAUCCCCUCUGGCCCCGAGCCAGCAAGGCCAUUUGUGGUGGUGAAAAGGUUCCUCCGCCCUGCAAGGUGGUUGUAUAUUUUUACGGUCAAGGCCUUAGCGACAUCACCUUGAGGAUGAGAGUCGUAAAUGUUGCCAGUGUGUCCUUGAAGAUUUA